AUGAUCAUAGCACGGUUUGCCGUGGUUUGGAUUUGUCUUGUGACCAUUACAUGCUGUCGUCCUGCUUCUCUAGUAAGGAUCGUUGGUACACGGAAAGGACUGCAUCGCUCGGAAUCGGUUAAGAUAAAAAGACAAACAGACGAGCUUAAUCGAAGGUUAAUGGGAAUCGAACCGUCUCAUUAUGGCGAUCAAUUUUCCCGCGAAGAGCACAGCAAUGAAUCGAUGAUUCAUUUGCGCCAAAAAGCCUCAAUCGCCGAAGUUUUCCGUCACAGACUGAUGGCCUGCGGAUUGAUAACAACUAAAUCUCCCGAACGGUGGCGGGAUCGUUUGAUUGCUGAGCUGGAUGAAAUAAUUACGGAGAUUGAGCAUCGGUGUGCAGUGUGUAAAACUUUAUACGAUGAACCCUGCCGGUAUGAAGUGCUCCGGAGCCUGAUUGAUCCUUGUCCGGCUUGCUGUAGGCGGAAGAGUACGAAGAAACGACUAUUGCUUACUCUUCAAAAGGUGUUGGAAAAGUCGUUAAACGAUGAGCACGUGCAAAGUGAUAGUAGUUCUGUAGGUGAGGAAGAGAAUCACGGCCAUGAUUCAAACAUUUGGCCUGUUACGGAAAAGCCAAUGAGUAGAAAAACGAGAAGCACAACGGAGGUUCCUAUGCAACUAACAACACGCUUCGGUGGAAACCCUCAAAAUAAUCAUGCGUUGCGCGUUACUUCGCCCGAUCAUAAGUUUAAAGUUCCAUGGCGAGUAUCGCAGCAGUACACAACCGAACCCACCAAAACACUUAGCGAACACGGGAGUACUUCGAAUGUUAAUAAAACAAACGUUCAGGAGAACAACUAUGACAGAGAGCCUUCCACAGUGCCCGUCAUCAAUGGACAGCCCGUGGAUAAUGUGCACGAUUUCUUGCAACAGUACAUGAACCUCGUGUACGGUGGACAGCCGGGCAACGAGCAACGGAAGCAGUUUUUUCUUGACCAAUUAUGUCGAAAUGCAACCAAUGGAAGGAUCGUGCUACAGUGCAAAGAUAUCGCCGGACAGCGUAAAACGCGAUCCUCAGAAAACGGCCCAGCGGAAAAAGUAUCGACUUGGAUUGCUGGUGAAGGUUCCAACGCCUCAGGUGACGUUCAAAAGUCGCUACUUUUUACUACCCCAUCCAUAAGUGAUUUAAGAGCUAAAUCAGUUGGCUGCAAGUCGUGUUGGACUUUGGGCAGAAAAAGGGCUCAUUGGGAAGGAUUCAAUUAG